GUCAAAUAGACCAACAAAGAAGCAGCGGCUGGUAAAGUCACUUGAAGUUAACGUAGUAUACACUAUUAUGCCAUCCUCAACGACAUUCAUGUCUAGAACUAUGUCAACUGUAGAAGUUGAAGUCGUACAAAAUAAUUAUGGGGAUUUCGGACGUUGUAGUCUUAGAGAAUGUCUCACACAAGCCUGUAUUACAAGUCCUGAAUUACUAGGUGAUUACACAUUACACGCUAUGAAUGCCUACGAGAGUGAAAAGUUAGUCGCUAGCGGCGUAGAUACACAACCGGUUUUUGCGAUUGAGGGUACAGUACAAAAGUGCUUAAGCGAUAACAAGAAGCUUAUAAUAGGUAAUCUUGAAACGGGUGAUCCAUUUGAUGAUGACAGUGAUGUUCUUAGAGUUGUUCUACGUUUCCAGAGGAAUAGUAGCGAAACUCCAAAGCAAUACCUGCCAAAAGCCAGUUCAUCGAAAUCUAAUAAAAGACGCGCACCUUCUACGCCCCCUUCCCGUAGAGUUAGUAGUUCCCAAGUAAAAAAAGAGAAAGAGGAGAAAAAGGCAGAAAAAUACCCCGAAGUUUGUAUCACUUGCGGGACUAAAGAAACGUCUACUUGGAGGUUCGUUAGUGACCCUUCAUCUUCAUCAGGAAGAGCCAGAGCAUGCAAUUCUUGUGGUCUUUAUUGGAAAAAGAAUAAUAGCAUGCGUCCAGAAACACUGUGGAAGAAUGGUGAAGAAGACAAAGCGAAAAUCGUAAAAUCUACUACAAAGAGUCGGAGCAGAAAAAUGACUGAUGAGAAUGUUACAAGUGGUGACGGCAGUCCUGUUCGGCGGUCAUUUAGUGUUUCAUUAUCACAACAGCAAAAUCGGCGGGACAAAAGUAAUAAAGUACUUGGUGACCUUAACAAUAACAAUCUAAAUCACAGACAAAAGAUACCUAGCUUAAAAGCUCCACCUAGAAAAGAAGCUGAAGCAGGAUUUAAAAUACCUAGGGGUCCAUAUACUUCACCGCCAAGAAAAACAGCUUAUAAUAACGAGUACUUACAGGAUAUACUCAAUUCAAGUCCUGGUACGAUGUUAAAACAUGUAUUCUCAGAGGGAGAUAAGAGUCCAGAGGGAACCUUCUCAGUGAAUGGUAAGAAAAAACCAUCAUCAAGGUUGAAAUUAGCAAUAUCAGAAGAAGAAGAGGAAGAAGAGGACGUUGAUCAAACUAUAAGAAACACAACAUUUGAGAGUAAGAAUACACCAUUUGAUUUUAAUACACUACCGCCAAGUUCACCGCCAAAUAUGGUGUCACCAUAUAUGAAAGGAAACAAAGAGGAGGAGGAUGAAUUGGAUGAGCUGGCAAGUAGUCCAGCAGAUAGGAUUGAUAGUAAAAAGCAGUAUAAUCUUGAUGAAUUAGUCAGGAUGUUAAAUAAUAAGGAGUCACCAUUUAUAGUAGAGAGUCCACCUUCAGAACUCUAUCCAAUCUAAAUGAAUUUGAACAAGAAGAAAAUGAGAAAAGUGAUAAGAAUUGCUAAUAUGAUUGAAUCUCUCUUGCGCCUUGCUGAUAUCAUUGAUAAUACUUUGUUUAUAGAAGGUAUCGAGGACAGUGUUUGUUGUAGUUUACGUGUAGAAUUUCUAAUUGAGGAGCCUUGGUUUGUGAAGUCAUUAAGAGUGUGAUAAGAUUGCUGGAGAGUCGAGUCUAGAAUAGCGUGACUGUUGUCUAACUGUGAACUCUCGUUGAGAAGGUUGUCGUAAUUAGUCGAAUGACUAAAGGUGUUGUUGUGUAAUAACUCAUAACUAUUGAUUUGCUGUGUGAGGCUAUCCUUGAUAUUGUUGUAGUCGCUGAAAAAGUCUUUGUAUAUAAAAGAAUGUCUGUCUAUCAAAGUAUCGCUUGUCAGUCGACUAAUCAAUUGCUUGUAUUUAUCAAAUAAUUCUUGUACUUCCAAAUAACCGUCAUUUAGCUCACGAAGGAAAUCGCUAUUAAAAUCCUUUCUUUUCUUGUAUUUUACUAACUCAAUUAAUUUUUUAUCAAUAAGCUCUUUUAUUAUAUUAAGUUCUCUAUCC